AUGAAGAAAUUUAAAAUGAAAAUAUUUCGUAAAUACGAAGAUUUCCUGAAGCCCGAGGACUUUUCGGAUUCAGAUGGCGCGGAGCUCUUAAAUCUGUCAAUCACUGACUUUAAUGCGCGCGGUGAAGUUGCCAAUCCUCGAGCACCGUGUGUCGUUACAACUAUCGAUCCGGACUAUAUUAAAGAUGCAAGUCGACAGCGUUUGUCUAAAAAGUUCCGCAUGAAAACUGAUAUAUUACGUUUACGUGAAAUAACCCGGAACAAGUUUAUGUAUUAUUCCACACAAGAGAUGUUUCUGGAUAAAAAGCGAGAAAUAGAACAACAAAAUCAAAUAUAUGUGGAUGCUCAAGUUUUUCACAAGUUUGCAGAGGAAUCGCUGAAGAAAAUGGAAGCACGCGAAUUCAAGAAAAUGCUGGAGGCUCAAGAAAAGCUGAAGAAGCUGAAGGAAAACAAGGUGGCCGAAGAAUUAAACCAAGUCAAACUGGAGCAUCAACGCGUUCUAAUGGAGGUUCAAGAGGUCUACGGACGUUUUCAGUACAUGCUCAAGCUGAUUAGCUAUUUUGAUGAUACCAUCGAGCAGCAGCAGGAAGACGCUGAAGAGUCUAGCAACGGGCUAGUUAUGCCCAAGGAAAUAGUCUCUAUGGAAAUUAACGAACGUCAUCCGGCUGGAAUGGCGCAGGUGCAGCAAGUUCAGGAAUAUAUGGACAAAGUUGUGCGACCGUACCUCGCUAAACGCAACCAUCUAAAUGCCGAAAUUUGGAUAAAGGGCUAUGAGAAAAACCGAAUGAAAGUAUCUAACUACAAUCGCCGCUUCACUCAGCUAGCACUAUUGAAUCAUCUUGUAGGCAUUAUACAUCAUAAGGCGCAAAAAACUUAUCAACGGCAAGUGGUUGCAAAGGCAUUCCUAAAAGAUCCAGAUUUUCUCCAGAGGCGCGUGGCCGCAUUAGAGAAACGGGCUCAUGACCUAUUAAAUGGAUAUGAGCAGAAAUAUUGCAAAGAUAAACUUAACAUGAAGCUCAAUAGCGUUGUGCCCGUAAUAUUGAAGAUUUUGCAAAACAAGGUACACGCAGAGGAGCAAAAGGACGCAGGACCUACAAAAUCGCUGGAAAAAUCAUCCAAGCAAUGGCGCACUGUUGAAGAUAUGCAGGCAACAGCACCAGCUUCUAAGACCGCUACAUACGAGGAUGAACAGGACACAACAUUGGCUAAAGUCGAAAAAAUACAGUCCUAUGCUUUGGAGCUGAUGGGAAAAUUAGAUAAAAUUCCACCAGUUGAAUUGCGCAGUAUUGAGCAGCGAGUACGUCGACGCAUGGAGAAGGAAAAGGAAACAUCUCGACGCGCGCUCGUUAAACAAAAUCGGCUACACAAUUGGAUGGAGCACUUUAAAAAGCAUCAUCCUCCAAUAUCUAUUGGUUUUCGUUUAAAUAUUAAUAAAAAUAUGCUGAAAACCAUAGCGCGAUUUAGAGUAUGCAACGUAUUACUCAAAGGCAGUCCUCUGACACGUAAUGACGUCUAUCGCAACUUAACUGUGUCAUUGAAAUCGUUUGCGCAAUCACCGGGCGAUGAUACUGCAGCCGGCGGUGGACAACUAGAGACGUCAAGCAAAGGAAAUCCUUUUGCACAAACCACAUUAGUGCAAGAGAAUGCAACGUCCGUGCCAGAAGCCGAUCGUGGACAAUUAGAGACACCAAGAAAAUCAAAUCCUUUUGCACAGACCACGUUAGUGCAAGAGAAUGCAACACCCGUGCCCGAAGCCGAUCGGGAAAAGCGAUUAAAGGUGCUACAGCUUGAAGCCGAUAUUGCACAUCAGGAAGGACGUCGCGUUCCUCAAUUAGGAUUUUUCCAGGACCACCACUGGGAGCAUGUGCUGACAUUACCAACCAAAUCAGCGCGCAUAAAAUACUAUGGAUACCUCUGGCAAAUCGAAAUGAAGAAAGAGUCGGAGAAGCGUAAAAAGGAACUGCGGGCUGAAGAAACUGAACGUCGUUUGGAAGAAAUGCGUAAGGAGCGUGAGGAGAACACUCACAUCAUCUAUGGCCUGGGUCACACAUCGCUGUUUCUGCGCAUUUACGACUCGACAAUUAAUCACUGGAUGAAUAAUCGCCUUACGCGAGCCAUGCAAUUUGCGCCAAAGUUAGUUCUGGAUUGCUCCUACGAUGCUCACAUGAAUAAUCGCGAAGCAUCGUAUGCUGCUAAGCAGCUGAUGCUUAGCUUUGCAGAGAAUCGCGCCAAUGAUGAACCUUUCGAUCUGCACUACUGCAACUUCAACAACGAUAGCGUGUGCAUGCAGGCCCUGAAGCGUUACAUACCGCCGAUGUUUAACCCAGAGUUUCCGAUGAAUAUUCACAAAAAGUGCUUUACAGAAUUGUUUCCCAAAGAGAAUCUGGUCUACCUAACCCCGCACUGUCGUGAGGAACUCAACACAUACAAUCCUGACGAUGUUUACAUUGUGGGGGCCAUGGUUGAUACUAUGAACAACGAACCCCUUUCACUCGCAAAGGCAAAGCGUUUGGGACUGCGUAUGGCACGACUCCCAUUAGAUCGUUACCUUCAGUGGGGUGCGUGUUCUGGCAAAUCACUGACUCUUAAUCAAAUGAUUAACAUUAUGUUGGACUUGAAGAAUACCGGCGACUGGGAUGUGGCCUUAAAACAUGUACCACGCCGGAAAGUUGUGGACAUGUCUCGGGAGCAGGAGCGAGGUCGCAAGGCACUUUUUAAUCGUGCAGAUAAACUUAAUGUACGAAUCGAUAGUAUAAUGAAGCCAGAACGAGAUGGACGCCGGGCGACAGUAUUCAACACACCUCAACAGGUGCGCAGCCACAAGGAGGGCAUGGAGUUCGAUUUGAACAGCUGGGCGACGGGGAAAAAGAAACGAAGCCAAAGCAGUUGAAUUUUUUUGUCUUCCUGCAUAAUACAAAUUUAGAUUCUAUAAUUGAAAAAUUAAAUAAUCAAUAAAUUGUAAAUUAAUUGUUAGAAA